AGCUGUCGUGCUCAAGAUGGCACGUCUGAUCUGCUAAGUCACGAUCCGCUAAGUCGGCCUGUAGCUACGGGUCGCUGGCAGGGCAUGACUUCAGGGCAGACUCAUGGUUUAUGAUGGAGAAGGCUCAGCUUCUCGCAUCCGUUGGCCAAAGCUGCACAUCAGAUGGCCGCCUUGUGGUUCGGUGGAUCCUGACGAGCCACCGGCACAUCACAAGGCUUCCUGGCUGGGGCGCUGCUGCCGCCGCGCCCAGUCGCCAGAUGAUGACUUUGAUGCGGCAGGAGACUUCCGGCGACAAGGUCUCACAGCAGGGGCCGAGGACAGUUUGCCUCAGCGGUUAGCUUUAGCAGUGCACCCUCGACGGUGUCCAAUGGAGACGAUUUGAUCUCUCACACCGUGCCUUUUGAUCCCGAAGAGUUUCUUCGACCUGUAUGUCGCUCUGACCUUGUGGACAGGUUUUACAGCAAGCUGGCAGAAGAGUAUGAGGCCAAAGCGGCUGCCUCUGCAUCUGGAUGCGAGGAGGGUGUUUGGCGAGAGACCAGCGUCUUUACCUCGCCGACAGGGCGCUCUGAGACGACACAGUCGUUCGCCUUCAGUGGUGCGGCAUCCCAGCUUCGCCGGCAGGAGAGUGCCUAUGCCACCUUGAAGGGCAGUAGUGACGGGAACUCUGCAGCCUUCGACAACACGGAUGAUGCAGAGGACACAGAACCGAGCCACCUGCCCACACAAACAGCUCAGCCAGAAGCGCGGUUUCUGAUGUGCAUAGGCCUGAUAACCCGGAGCACACAGAGCACGCUUCGCUGGAUCUGCAGGAAUCCGUGCCCUUCUCAGACUCGGAACGCAAAGACAGCGUGGACGCGCCCAUCGAGCAGGUCAUCUCCAUCCCAGUGGCCCAGUCGCCAAAGCAGAAGCACUUGGUCUUUAUGCUGGCCAGGAUGAGCCUGGCUUCAGAUCUGUCCAGUUCGUGGGAGUUGAUUCCAUACCUCCAGAGGAGAGCCCGGCCCGGAACCGACCAGUGGCUGGUGCUGGGCCUCUUCCGCCUCCGGAGGACAAAGUGGCUGACGCAUCUGAUUCAGAUAAAGAACCUGAUGCGAUGGCCAGCCGAUGCGUCCAGGAGAUGUGCAGAUUGAGGUCAACGAGCAGGAUACAGGGACUUGGUCAGUUAAGGAAUCUGACGAGUCAAGGUCAAGGCUUGGCCCACAUUGCAAGAGGGUUAGCCUUGCCCAGACGAUAUCUGAUGAAGAAGCACUAGCUGCUCUCGAGGCAGCACAGUGGCCGCCGGUAAAGCCUGCGACCUCAAAGGUUGUGGACUUUGCUGGUCCAUCUGACGAGGACUCCGUGCCCUCGCCGUUGCCCUCCCCUCCGAUGGCCCCGGCGACGCCGGCGCCCAUCACUCCGGCCACGCCCACGGUGAGCCCAGGGCCCUCCCGCAGCAGGACUGCGGCGGCGGCCGCUGCCGCCGCAGCAGCCAGAGCGGCCGCUGGGGCCAGAUCGGCCAUGGCAGCGGCCGGCAGCCAUUUCUCCACAGGAGGAGCAGCUUUGGCCACCUUGGUAAGUCCAGAGCCUGCGCCACCAGGAGCUGACAAGAGGGCAUCAUCCUCCGUUUUCAGUGGCCGCUUCAUGCCUCUCUCACUGUGGGCACAGGCUGAAAGCAGCCCUCCGGCGUCGGGCCCCGGUUCGCCUGAACAGAACCAGGAUAUCAAGCUAGUGGAAGACCUGGAGGCCGCUUGCGAAGGCAUGGAUAAGAUGGCAAGGGUGGCAAUGCAAGCAUCUGGCCAAUCAGUGCAGCCGCAAGUACAAGUCAGCAUACAGCCGGCAGUCCUACCCACUCCUCCUGUUGCGCCGGCGGAGCGGGCUACGCUUGCGAGAGGAUCAUCGGCACCGCCAGAUCCCUGCAGAUCAAAGAGCGGCCCGCUGGAGGCGGAUCCAUCGCCCAUCCCGCGACCCAUGUCUGCGGAUUCUCUGGCGGAUGUGGAGAGACAGGUUCACACAGGUCUAAGCAUCGUGCUACCAACAGAGGAGGGCGAUGGCAAGCUCUUGGUUCCUCCAUCACCUCCAACCAGUCCGCAAGGCGCAAGAGGACGACAAGGAGGCCGGGUAGCUUCGGCCACCUUUCGCGGACAGCUCUCGCCAUCGAGUCCCGCAGAUGCGAACGCCAACACCUGCAGUCCAGACCAGGCGUUCCAUUUGGCUCGACCGUCUUCUCGUCCGCCGCCGGAGCCGGAGACGCAGGCAAAAGAAAUCGAGCUGGACGUCCUGCAACCAGCCCCAUCAGCAGAGCCGGAGGAACGAAUAUCCAACACGAGGAUGCCAUCCAUGCUUGCCCUGGCGCAGGUGCUUUCGCAGGAGGAAGCUUCACCAUCCCUUGAGGCCAUCUCCUCGGGAUAUGCCACGGACAUGCUGGAAUCGCCGGCUCCGAGUGAAGCCAGGCCAAAAACGAUUUCUCGAGAGACGAGGGCAACAAGCGUGGAAAGUGCCUCCCCGCCGCCCCGGCGGAGCACUUUCCAAGGCGCACGACUGGAAGAGAGCAGGAGUAGAAGUUGCAGCCGGAACUCCGGCGCCAACCACCGUGCGGAGCUGCAAGUGUCACGGACGCAUGGUGAAGGUGUGACUCAGCCGGACCGGUCCGGUGCUAGAGAGCUGGAGGUGCCGAAGUGCGAGGUGCAGAGAGACCUGGUGACGGGGACGGCCUUCACGGGCAUCGAUGAGAAUAGGUCUGUUUCACCCUUUGUUGGUGACGAUGCUGGGGACGCUUUGUGUCCUUUCAACGAUGCGACGGAUUUCACAUUCGCCCCGUUGGAGGCCAUGGAAGAUGCAGGUCAUGCUGCUGCCAGAAGCGAGGAGGAUGCUGUGGAAGAUGCAAAUCCUGAUGGCUUAUGCGCUUCCCUAUCUUCCACCGCGAAUACAGCAAUCACAGAUUUGAAGACGUUCAGGCGAGAAGACCCCAAAGAGACAGCGGAUCUCGAGGUCAAGCGGAUCGAGACCUGCAAGCAAAGCGAGUCGGAUCGGAUGCUUUCUGUGGAGGCGGAUCUGAAGAGCUCAGAGCCGUCGGUGAUGAUCACAACUUGGGGUUCCAUUGAGAAUGAUGAUCGGAUGUCAGAAGGUACCAAGUAUCUCGAAGGACUCGAAUCUCGGAAGUCGCCACAGACGUCAAGAAGAAGUGAAGGUCGAAGACUCCAAAGGAAUCGCGGCCGACCUGGUUCCAACUACCAGGAUGCGCUGGACUGCCUGAGGCUUCAGGCGGGCUUCGGUAUGGACCUGGCAUGCUGAUGACUUUUGUUUCUGGCCUAUGGCAGCAUGAGAAAUGAUCUAUCGGCCUCGAUUUUUCCCAGAAUGCUCUUACUGAUGCCCCAAAUCUGAC